CGGGUAUAAUUGAGCUUGAAUCUUCUAUGGAAAUUGAUAAAUUAGAUAGUUUAACAGAAACCCUAUUAACUGAUGAUGAAAUAAAAAAAUUAAGUGACGACGAAUUAGUUAGUUUAAUUGAAAAACUAAAAAAAGAGCUAGAAAUCGUAGUCCAAUUAGUCCAAAAACAAACACUGGUUCGAACGGGUUUGUGUUUCAAAUAA